AUGGUAGAUCAAUUAAAUCCCAACACACGAAGAAACCCAUGGUACAUUUUUUGGGAGCCAAAAAUCAUCCCAACUCCUCCUGAGCCUUCUGAAGGCCACACAAUCAUUCAUUCAAGAUCAAAUUGUGCAAGGUUUUAUUUUGACCCAAUAAUAAAUCAUAAUCCUCUCCUUUUUGGAAGAAUUGAUCCUCAAACUUACCUUAUUAUCAUACAAACAGCAAAUCGUUGUGUCAAAAGUUCUUGAAUCAAAUACAUGUUUUUCAAAAUUAUUAUUUUGAUCGUAUUAUUUUUAUUUUCUCUUGAUUUGCUAUUGAGCUUGAUUUUUUUUGAUAUUCUUGCACUUGUUGAUAUUUGCAUUAUUAUUAUAUCUGCUUUUGCGAUGAGAGAGGUUGGGAGACAGUUUAUGAUAAGAAUGAAAAAGAAUGAAUUGAUUAUGAAUAGGGAAUUGCAAGAAGCGGCGGAUCAAUGCUUGAGGGAUACUGGCGUUAGAGUUACUGCAGGGGAUUAUUGCCAUUGAUUAAAUUUUUAUUCGAUUAAUUAUAGGGGAUUUGAAGCACAAGCGCAGGUAGGAUUUCAAGCUGCUGAAGGGGUGCCGGUGCAGCCUUAUCAACCUCCACAGCUGCAGCCUCAAGGACAGCCUAAUCAAGCUGGACAGCAAGAAAAUCUACCUGUUCCUCAAAAUAACAUAGGGCAAAGCGAAGUAAACCCACAAAUACCUCCUCAUGUCCCAAGAUAUCAACAAUUUCCAUCAGGAGGAGUGAUAUAA